GGAGGAGGAGUGAAUGGAUGGAGUGACCCAGGAGGAGGAGAGGAAUGCUGAGCGGACUGAGCGGACAGAGCGACAGAGCGCAAAGGGAAGAGGAGAGCAGCACCGCAGCAACAGAGGAGCAAUUAAGCAGCGGAAAGGAAAGCAAAGCACACAUGCGGAGCGGCUUUUGUUGCUUACUCAUUCUCUCUCUCUUGAAUGACCAAAGAGGCAGAAGUGAAGCCAUCCAGACAACAAUACAAGACAAUAGAAGGCAGACGAGAGGCAGAGGGAGGAGCAAGUGAGCUUUUAUUGACAGAGAGGAGGGGCAUGGAGGCAAAUUGAAGAAUUAGAUUUUCUGGGAAUGGAUUUUUAGCAAAGACUCAAACAUAAAACAAAAACAAGAGACUAAAAGCAACAGACUAUAAAGGAUGUUGUUCGAGAAAAACAGAAAGAUGGAAAAAGAGAGGGUGAGAAAAAGAGGAGAGAGAGUGAGAUGCUGAAUUUGGACCAUGUCAGAACAGAUUCUACAUCAGCGGCGCUCAGCUCUCCUGCAGGCAAGAGUCAGUGUGUGUGUGUGUGUAUGUGUGAACUAGAAUGAAGUACGACCUCUCUCACACCAGGGUUUUGCCCACAUGCCCCCAUAGCUGAGGACAGAAAGCUAGAGAGAUUGGAGGGCUAAAAUUGGGCAGUUCACUGACAACGCCAGAGAAAAAGAGGAAAGAAAACAACAGGAGUGAGUUUGUGUGUGUAAUUGAUUUGGGUGGCAGUGGGAUAGUGGAAUCAGUUCUAGCUUGUGUUUGUGGAAGUCUUUCUCAAGGGAAUAUGGAGGGAGCCAUGCAAGACAGCUGAUUUCGCCAACAGGUCAGGCUGCCUUAAAACUCAUGCAAAUCGGUCUUCUCUUUUGUGACUCUGUCAUUCGGCCACUGCUUUUCUGCCUCCCAUUGUUUUCUCUUACUCUAAUUAUCUGUCUUGUAUCUAUUGAAUCUUUCUCUCUCAUUAAGAUCACUUCCAUUAUAACUGCCUCAUUGACUCCAAUUUCCUCUGUUGAACUUUAGCAGAAGCUGUGAGAUGCUCAUAGGAAGAUUGCAGGCUGUCCCCAAACCCCAGACAAACUUUGGGUACCCUGACCAGAUGAACUGAGGGGGGAGAGGUAGAGGAGAGGGAGAGAGAGUUAAAGUGACAGAAAAAGUGAGACAAAAAAGGAAAAUAGCCUGGGGAUUUCGCCUGAGGGGUUAUAUAGACAUGCCUGUGGGCAUGAAGACAUGUGUUGAUUUUUUGGUCACCUUAGGGAGCAGUGUGUUUGUGUGUAAGUAUGUGUUUAGUUUAUCCAGAAAUAAAGUUGUAAUAAGUUUACUAGGAUAUUAAAGUGGAUUGUAAAGUAGAAGUUUAAAAUUGCCUUGGGAUUGUACAUUUUUAUUAAAACUUGUGUAGUUCUUUGUAGUUGUUAGAAUAGCUUAGUGAGUGUUUUUAUUUUCAUCGCUGGACUCUAAAGGUCAGAUCAGUAUUCUGGAAGUCAGUGUUGUGGCUCUCCCAUGAGGGCCCUGGUUGUGGAGGCCUGGCUGGGAGAUGAAGCCUUCCCCCUUGCUGCUUUAGCAGCUUUGUGGGCCCUCAUGGCUCUGGAAGGUUGCUGUCUGCGCCCUGCCUCGCCCACCCUGGGCCAACACAGGGCCCGUCGUCACCCUGCCCGACCUGGAGCCCCACGAGACGGUUUGUCCCGCCUCACCGUGGCCCUCUUGACACGGACUCGCCUCCAUGGUUUACGGCACAUCUGCGCCCCAACUAGCACUCUUGGCCACCGUGCAUUUUGGAUGUUAGCAUUCUGUACAUCUCUGGGUCUUCUGUUGUCUUGGUCCUCAAAUCGCUUGCUUCACUGGCUGGCCUUCCCCACCCACACAAGAGUCCACACAGAGUGGGCGAAAGAACUUGCAUUCCCCACGGUCACCAUCUGUAACAAUAAUCCCAUACGCUUGUAUCACCUUACUAAAAGUGAUCUGUACUUUGCGGGUCACUGGCUCGGACUGUUGCUGGCUAACCGCACGGCCAAGCCCCUGGUGCUAGACCUGCUUCAAGAUGACAGACAGGCCUGGUUCAGCAAGCUGUCAGACUUCCGUCUUUUUCUGCCUCCGCGGCGUUUUGAGGGCACCAGCUUGGAGUUCAUGGACCGACUGGGCCACCAGCUGGAGGAUAUGCUACUGGGCUGCAAGUACCGCGGAGAGCUCUGUGGAGCUCACAACUUCUCCACUGUGUUCACACGUUACGGAAAGUGCUAUAUGUUUAACGCUGCAGAAGAGGGAAAGACACUGAGGACAACGAUGAAGGGAGGCACAGGCAACGGCCUAGAGAUCAUGUUGGACAUCCAGCAAGAUGAAUACUUGCCUGUGUGGGGAGAAACAGAAGAGACAGCAUUUGAAGCAGGAGUGCGGGUGCAGAUCCACAGUCAGACGGAGCCUCCCUUUGUGCAUGAGCUGGGUUUCGGAGUCGCCCCAGGGUUUCAAACCUUCGUGGCUACCCAGGAGCAGAGACUGACAUACCUUCCUCCUCCAUGGGGCGAGUGUGUGACCAGGGCCCUGGAUUCAGGCUUAUUUCAGACGUACAGUGUGUCUGCCUGCCGAAUAGAGUGUGAGACCCGCUACAUCGUAGAGAACUGCAACUGCAGGAUGGUCUACAUGCCUGGUGAUUCUCCAUACUGCACUCCUGAACAGUAUAAGGACUGUGCUGAACCUGCUCUGGCUGCUCUUUCGGCUGUAGAAGGCAUCAACUGCAUCUGCAGGAGUCCCUGUAACAUGACCCGAUACAACAAAGAACUUUCUAUGGUCAAGAUCCCCAGUAAAACCUCUGCACGAUACUUGGAGAAGAAGUUCAACAGAUCUGAGAAAUACAUCACGGACAAUAUUCUGGUUCUGGAUGUGUUUUUUGAGGCUCUGAACUAUGAGACAAUAGAUCAGAAGAAAGCUUAUGAGGUGGCAGGUCUACUAGGUGAUAUUGGUGGCCAGAUGGGUUUGUUUAUCGGUGCAAGCAUUCUGACCAUACUGGAGCUAUUUGAUUAUGCGUAUGAGGUGGUGAAGGAGAGAUUGCUGGACCUGCUGAACCGAGAGGAGGAGGAGGAGAGUCAUGGAGAGGAUGUGAACCUGAAAAGCAGAAUGGGUCACGGUACUUUGGUAGCCAAUAUGAGCCCUUUGUGGCUGUGUAUGACUUCUCCACCUGCAUUAGUCUCCCUGGAACCCUGUUUAAGAAGAGUUAAGAACAAAGUGAGUAAAGAAAAAGGAAUUUUUAUGUAGUCCUCAGUAUAAUAUUAAAGUAAUAUGGCCAGCAGUUUUUAUUUUGUAAAAUAUGAGAGGAGGUAUUUUCAUUUAAAGCUGGUAUUGCAAAUCUGAUAUGAUCUUUCAUACACUUUAUUAAGACUCUCAUUGUUGAGAGAUACAUAAGCACUUGUCCACGAUUAAAAAAAACAAAAAAAACACUCUUGAUCUUUAGCUGACAACCAUCAUGAUGCCACUUUUCCUGACCAUCUUAACAGGAAUUUUGCAAACAGGUAAAGAGUUAAGAGGUGCUCACGGUCUUUAUGUAAGUUCAGUCGCUACAGUUGUCUUUGUUCCAUCUCAUUAGUCCAGAGCUCUUUAUCUGUGCUGCAGUUUGUGACACUGUAAUUGCCAUAUGUUAACUGAUAUUUAGUAUGCUGCCACAAUAUUCAUUGAUAAUGGAUGAUAGCCAGUACCAAGGUGUGCUUUUGUUCUUUUCUGGUAUGUAACUAAAUUUAACAUUCUUGGAUCAAGUUUCAGUAUAAAUCAAGGCUUAACUGAACCAUUAAUUCUUCAAAAUGUACAGCGAUUCAUUAACUGUGACUGAAAAAAAAAAAAAAAAAACAUUCUCGCAGAAUGUACUUUGGCUGAAAAUAGUGAAAAGAAGGUCCUGGGCAUGAAGAAGUAAUCUUGUAGCCUGAUUGCAUUUCUCAGUUUGACAUGCUUUAUUUCAGUACCUAAUAUAAGAAUAUUGAUGGGCACAAAAUUAAGCCACAAAAUUCAAAGACAAAAUUGUGUUUUGAAAUGGUAAGUGAGGCUUUUAAGCAAUUUGUUCUGGGGCACAAAGUGCUCACAACAAAUAUAUAAAAGCUAAUUUUGUUUCAUAAACCCAGGCUUUUCCCCCAAAUUCCACACAUGACUUAGGGCCUCCUUUUCCAAUUGAGAUGCUUUGAGUCAGUCUACUAAGAGUAUGCAAAUAUUUGUCAUAAAUAUACAUUCUAAGCUAUUUUUGUUUCUGGGUUAUUAGUUAUUAUUGUAUGAUCACUUGGGGCAAUAUUAUUUUGACACCUGAUUUGUACCUAAAGUAUUUUGUCUUUAUAAAACAUAAGCCUUUAUAAAACAAACUAAGAGAGGAAACACUAUAACAUUUCAACAUGGAAUAGAAUAAGGAAUGUGUGUAAAGGAUUGUUCCCCUUCUGUCACUCACUCGACGUUGUGUCGAUGUAGUGACACUAGGGGUCGCUCUUGAGAGCCCCGAACACCUCAGAUC